UAAAAUGACUCAAGUGUCCUCAGGAAUGUAUCUUUUUUUGAUUCUACUGUUCUUGUGUAAUACAGUGUCUACUAAUGCUGCCACAGCUCCUACCACCACCGCCGCAACAACUGAGGCCCCUACAACAAAUUCAGCUACAACGACAACCGACGCCGUGGUCGCUAACAAUGCGACAACUGACGCCGUGGUCGCUAACAAUGCGACAACUGUUGCAGUGGUGACCAACCCCACUACUAAGAAUUCAACCAACAACGCUGUGACAACGGAUACAAUUACAACUAAAAACGUCACCGAUGCGGACAGAGAAGAUAGUUUGAGUUGGAUGUCGGACGCACGAAUUGUGAUAAUCAUAUUAGCAUCUUUGCUGGGAUUAGUGUUUCUGUUUCUAUUUUUGGCUGCGUGUGCUUGGCUUACGUCCAACUCCGCCAGGAAACAUCGAUAUGGACGAUACAGAGGCAGACGUCGCCGCAGACGAUAUGACUUCGAGGAAUAUCCCAGCUCAGAGCCUUCGUCAUACGCAGACGAAAUAUACGUACCAUUUGACGGACCACCGGAAGUGACGUUAUCGUACAAGAAGUCGUCUGCGCUUGAACCAUAUUACAGCUUGCCCAGAGAAACUAAGUACAGCCCCUACCUAUUUGACGAUGAUAUGGGGCAAUAUAUGAAAGGCGAUCUUAAUCCAUACCAAGGCUAUGACUUUGACAGGCCAUAUUUUUCGAGUGCCGGCUUAAGGUCGUCAAUUGGCCGCUACCCAUCCGACUGGUAUAGGUCUAUGCCCGUAAACUUGGAGCUGGCAUUGCCACGACCUUGGCUAAGAUAAUAAAUAUGACGUCAGGAAAUGUAAGCCAGUACAAAUAAUGACGAAAGCUUAACUGUUUCAUCUUUCAUCGGAGUGUCAGUAAAUGUUUAAGUUAGCAAAUUGUGUACUGUAAAACUAUUACAUAAAAGUGAUUUGUUUAAACAAUAUAUUAAUUCAUUCAUAUACAUGUAAAAUAUAUACAAACACAAAGUUAAUUCAAUCAAAUACAUAAAAGGAUUGUGUAGAAAUCUGGAAGAAACACUUUUAUUUAAUACUGGUGCUUA